AUGCCUGCCGAAUUCAUCAGCGUCACAUUCCCCAAUGCUUCGACCGAGCUCAACCCGAUCCCGGGUGCUGGCGUCGAUCCCGACUACCUCGUUCGAUAUGCCAGAACUCUAGAUGAUUAUGGUUACAACUACACUUUAAUUCCAUAUGGCUCGGAGUCAUUCGACCCCUUCACCAUCGGUGCCACUAUCUUGACUGUCACCAAAAAUGUCAAGGUUAUCAUUGCCCUUCGACCCAACACAAUUUACCCAACUGUGGCAGCAAAAGCCCUCGCAACCCUAGACCAACUCGGUCGCGGCCGUGUUGUUGUUCAUUUCAUCGCAGGUGGAAGUGACGUGGAGCAACAGAAGGAGGGUGAUUUUGCAAACAAAGAGCAAAGAUAUAGCCGCCAAGAAGACUACAUUAAGAUUCUACGCCGUGCAUGGGAGUCCGACGAGCCAUUCGACUGGGAGAGUGAGUUCUAUACCUUCAAACAAUUUAGCAACAAGGUGCGCCCUACCAACGGCACUAUUCCCGUCUCACUGGGUGGUUCCUCCGACGAUGCAUACCGUAUCGGUGGUUCCCUUUGUGACAUCUUUGGUCUGUGGGGUGAGCCUCUCAAGGAGACCAAGCAGCAGAUCGAUCGUAUCUACGCAGAGGCAGAGAAGGCUGGCCGCAAAGAUAAGCCCAAGAUUUGGGUCACUUUCCGUCCUAUCACUGCAGAGACAGAUGAUCUUGCCUGGGCCAAGGCUCACCGAACAUUGGACGCCUUGAACAGCCACCGGGCCGCUGGUGUGGGCAAGGUUCCCGCUAAUGCUCCCGCUCCCCAGAACGUGGGAUCCCAGCGUCUGCUUGAUAUUGCUGCUCGUGGAGAGGUUCAGGACCGUGCUCUUUGGUACCCUACUGUGACUGCCACCAAUGCCCGUGGCGCCUCUACUGCAUUGGUUGGAUCGCCAGAAACCAUUAAGGACUCGAUUAUUGACUAUGUUAAGCUGGGAGCUGAGCUUAUCUCCAUUCGUGGCUACGACAACCUUAAUGAUGCCAUUGACUAUGGACGUUAUAUCAUUCCUGCUGUCCGCGAGGAAAUUAAGAAGGACAACCUCUAA